GCCCCCAGGCGGACCGGCGGCCGCCGGACCCCCGAGGCGGAAUUACGACAGGUCUCGGGCCCCCAGGCGGAGCGACAGGUCUCGGGCUCCCAGGCGGAGCGGCGGGCACCAAGUCACCAGGAACGACCAAAACAAAAAAAUCUCCGAGUCAACUGGCACAAACCGCGGGCACUGGGUCAGACAUUGGAUCGUCUGGCUGGACAGCGGCAAAUUGGUCACCAGGAAUCAGGUCAAAUUGGCUCGACAGCGGGCACCGCGUCAAUCUGGCAAGGCAUUGGGCACCGGGUCAUCAGGCAUAGACCGCCAGGGCACUGGGUCAAUCAAAGCAUUGGAUUGUCUGGCUCGACAGCGGGC